AUGCCGAACCAUUUUACCUUGGCUGAAGGUCAACCAGUUGCGGAUCCAUCCGUCAGCACUACGUUGCCUACCUUUGGCGGUGGUGGCCUCACAACAUUGGGUGACACGCUUCUCAUUGAGACACUUUCGCAUUUCAACCGCGAACGUAUCCCUGAAAGAGUCGUCCAUGCUAAAGCCGCGGGUGCAUGGGGAGAAUUUGAGGUCACAAACAACAUUUCUUCUCUCACGUCGGCCAAGUUCCUCAGUGGUGUUGGAAAGAAAACCCCCGUUCUAUUCCGUCUAAGCAAUACUGGCGGUGACAGGGGCAGUGCGGACACUGUUCGCGAUGUGCGAGGCUUUGCUGUCAAAUUCUUUACGGAGGAAGGUAAUCAUGAUAUUGUAGGGAACCACAUUCCGGUAUUCUUUGUUCGCGAUCCUAUCAGAUUUCCUUCUCUCAACAGGAGCCAUAAGAGACAUCCUGCCACCAACAGGCCGGAUUGGCCCAUGUUCUGGGAUUUCCACUCAAACCAACCGGAAAGUGUCCAUGCUCUGAUGCACCUUUUUGGCACUCGGGGUAUUCCUGAUUCCAUCCGUCGAGUGACAGGUUUCGGUGUACAUACCUUCAAGAUGGUGUCAGCUGAUGGUGGCUUCCGCUACUGCAAGUUCCACUUCCGACCGACUCAGAAUAUCACACACUUUUCUGGUCAGGAAGCUACUCGCAUGGCUGGUGCAAACGCCGACUUCCACAAUCAGGAUUUGUGGGAUGCUAUUGCUCGGGGAGACUUACCGGUCUGGAAACUUUACGUGCAGGUCAUAGAGCCCGAGCAGGCUGAAACCUACGGCCGUGCUCUGUUUGAUAUUACCAAAGUUUGGCCCCACAAGGACUUCCCCUUGAUCGAAGUUGGUCAAAUGACUCUCAACAGAAAUCCCGAGAAUUAUUUUGCCGAGAUCGAGCAAGCCGCAUUUUCGCCUUCUAACAUGGUGCCUGGGAUUACAAUGACACCCGAUCCUAUGUUGCAGGCACGUAUGUUCGCUUACCCCGACGCUCAACGAUACCGUCUGGGGGUGAACUACACACAGCUUCCUCCAAACCGUGCAAUAUGCCCUGUAUAUGCGCCAUUCGAGCGCGACGGCACGGGAACUAUAACCCGGAACUAUGGCGGUGACCCGAACUAUGUACGGAGCUCACUAGGCACUGGUAUUCCUAGCCAGGUUGUUCCCAACGUGCGACACGCUGAGCGCAUCGCGCAUAACGCUGUCCUCGGCCAGAAUGAGAUUCUAGUUGAUGAUGAGGAUUUCAUUCAGCCCCGAGAGCUGUGGAAUAGGGUCUUUGAUGAGCCCGAGAGAAGGGAGUGGGUGUCAAAUGUUUCUGAGACUUUGGAAGAAGUGCCUGAUCAGCUUAAGGAUGCUGUCAUUGCCAUGUUCAGCAAGGUGGAUCCUCGUAUUGGCCAAUUGUUAAACGAUAAGGCCAAGAACAGUGCGCGUCUUUAG